AUGACAACAAUACUGGUUAAGGGAAGUCCGGAAAUGUUUGGCUAGCAAGUUUAUAAUGUCUGAGUGAAACAGCUGUGUUAUUGCUUUUUUGUUUACGGUCUGUGUUGGUCUUCAAGUCAAAUAGACGUCAGAUUUUUCAGUUCUCAUCCAUGCGUUUUGCAUUGUAUUCCCCUCCCUGUGGCAAGUCAAAUGCGUUAAGCCCCGCCCCAAGCAGUGGAUACUCUCUUCCUGGUCGUAUGCUGGCGCUUUUGUAAAGCUGAAUCACACAACUUUAAAACAGGCGAGACGAUAAUUUGAAAAUGAGUUUUCUGGAUGCGGGAAUUGAGUUUGCAUUUUCUUUUGACCAGUUGUAUGACCGUUUACAGAGCAUGCCAGCUCCGAUCAGGCUGCGGGAGCUGAUCCGGACUAUCCGGACUGCACGGACCCAGGCAGAGGAACGGGAAAUGAUCCAGAAAGAAUGCGCUGCUAUUAGGUCGUCCUUCAGAGAGGAGGAUCAUACAUACCGCUGUAGGAAUGUUGCUAAGCUACUCUACAUGCACAUGCUGGGCUAUCCGGCACACUUUGGGCAGUUGGAGUGCCUGAAAUUGAUUGCGUCUCAGAAGUUCACCGACAAGCGAAUAGGGUACCUGGGAGCUAUGUUACUGCUGGAUGAGAGACAAGAUGUCCAUCUACUGAUGACGAAUUGCAUAAAGAAUGACCUGAACCACAGCACGCAGUACGUGCAGGGCCUGGCCUUAUGCACGCUGGGCUGCAUGGGCUCGGCCGAGAUGUGCCGCGACCUCGCAGGGGAAGUGGAGAAGCUCCUCAAGACGUCAAACUCCUACCUGAGGAAAAAGGCAGCAUUGUGUGCUGUUCACGUCAUCAGGAAAGUACCAGAGCUGAUGGAGAUGUUCCUGCCCGCCACUAAGAAUCUGCUGAGUGAGAAGAACCACGGUGUUCUCCACACAUCGGUCGUCCUGCUCACGGAGAUGUGCGAGCGCAGCCCCGACAUGCUCGCUCACUUUCGCAAGAAUGAGAAGCUUGUUCCACAGCUAGUCCGAAUCCUAAAGAACCUCAUCAUGUCGGGGUACUCACCAGAACACGACGUGUCGGGCAUCAGUGACCCGUUCCUGCAGGUACGGAUAUUGCGGCUGCUGAGGAUUCUGGGUAGGAAUGACGACGACUCCAGCGAAGCUAUGAACGACAUCCUCGCCCAAGUGGCAACCAACACAGAGACGAGUAAAAAUGUAGGAAAUGCCAUACUUUACGAAACGGUUCUGACCAUAAUGGACAUCAAGUCUGAAAGUGGACUGAGGGUUUUAGCAAUUAACAUAUUGGGCCGAUUCUUACUAAACAAUGACAAAAAUAUAAGGUAUGUGGCAUUAACAUCUCUGCUGAAGACUGUGCAGACGGACCACAAUGCAGUACAGAGGCAUAGGAGCACCAUUGUGGACUGUUUGAAAGACCUGGAUGUGUCUAUCAAGAGGCGCGCAAUGGAGCUCAGCUUUGCUCUGGUGAACGGGAACAACAUCCGCGGGAUGAUGAAAGAGUUGCUCCAUUUUCUGGACUCCUGCGACCCAGAAUUCAAAGCGGACUGCGCGUCUGGCAUCUUCCUCGCCGCUGAGAAGUACGCGCCUUCGAAGCGGUGGCACAUAGACACGAUCAUGAGGGUACUGACAACAGCGGGGAGCUACGUUAGGGACGAUUGUGUCCCCAACCUCAUCCAGCUGAUCACAAACAGCGUGGAGAUACAUUCCUACACAGUCCAGAGGCUCUACAAGGCUCUACUGGAUGACAUCUCACAGCAACCUCUAGUGCAGGUAUCUUCCUGGUGUAUAGGCGAGUAUGGGGACCUACUGGUGUCAGGCCAGUGUGAGGAGGAGGAACCUAUCCAGGUAACAGAAGACGAGGUCCUUGAUGUUUUGGAAGGUCUUCUGGCUUCUAACCUGUCUUCCCCAGUGACCCGAGGCUAUGCCCUUACUGCAGUGAUGAAGCUGUCCACUCGUUUCAGCAGCGUGAAUCGGAUAAAGAAAGUGGUGUCUGUCUACGGCAGUAGCAUAGAUGUGGAGCUACAGCAGAGGGCGGUGGAGUACAACGCUCUCUUCAAGAAGUAUGAUCACAUGAGGUCUGCCCUACUUGAGCGAAUGCCGAUAAUGGAGAAGACCGCCACCAAUGGACCAACGGAGAUGGUGCAGACCAACGGGGAGGCGGAGCCAUCAGGACUGGAGUCCAAGCACCCGCCCAGCAUCACACAACCCGCCAGCCAGGCUAAUGAUUUGCUGGACCUCCUUGGAGGGAAUGACGUGGCGCCUGUGAUCCAGACCACCCCGGCAGCGAAGCCGGCGUCCGCAGGGGGCGAGCUGCUCGACCUGCUGGGGGAUCUCUCUCUGUCAGGUGACCCCGCCCCUCAAGUUCCUGUGUCUCAGCCUUCCUUCCUGCUCGACGGCGUCUCCUCACAGCCACUUUUUAAUGAUGUUGCUGCAGGUAUCCCGCCAAUGACGGCAUACAACAAGAAUGGCUUGAAAAUAGAGUUCACAUUUGAGAGGUCCAACACAAAUCCAAAUAUAGCCAUCAUAACCAUUCACGCUUCCAACCACACCGAGACAGAGAUGACGAACUUUGUGUUCCAGGCUGCCGUACCAAAGACGUUCCAGCUUCAGCUCCUGUCACCCAGCAGUAAUGUCAUCCCCGCCCUUAACCAGGGUGCAGUCACACAGGUCAUCAAGAUACUCAACCCCCAGAAGCAUCAGCUGCGAAUGAGGAUCAAGCUGACAUACACCCACAAAGGAUCUCCGCUUCAGGACCUGGCUGAGGUCAACAGUUUCCCCCCUCAGUCCUGGCAGUGAUGGCCUCACUCUCGAAGACCCACCUAGGGAACUGAGGGUGUGGGGAGGGCCUGGAUGUGCCACUCGCCGGUGACACGGAAGGCUGCUGCCCUGGGGUCGCAAGGGGACAUCGACCCGCUGACGUGAAUCAACGACGACGACGUUGGUGACAGCAAAGGUGGCGAGGAGACAACAGCAAGCAGAUACCAUCGUGUCCAUUUCCAGACUUUGCAACUUGUGGUUCCAACCUUGGUCUUUCGAAGUCAUGGCUUGCAAUAGGCACUGAUCACUUACCUUUUGCUGUUCAGGCAAUCUCCAAACCCCAUCAUUUCGGAUACAUCAGCUUCCCCCCCCCCCAAGUCACUUACAGGUGUGGGGGUGGGGUCUCACCUUCCUGGGCCAUUGCUGUAAGGAGCUGCUGUCAUUGUUUGUGUGUGGGUGUGUCUGUGUGCAUAUUUCUUGGUUUUUAACUUAAUCUAAUUGGAAGUGGUUGGGAAGAUCAGAAUGAUUUUGUGAACUGUUGAUGGUUUUUUUCUUUGGGGUCUUUGGGGUCGAAGACUAUGACGUAUGCACUUUAUCACACCGUCUAUUCACCACGCAGAGCUGGUCACUGUUCCAGAUCUUGUUGGGUAAUCACUAUUUUCGAUGGCUUUGGUAUUUUUUAUUUUAUUUUUUACUGUAUUUCAGUUGGUUAUGUUUGAAACUGCAGGAGCAAUAUUCUGUUGAGCCUGCUAGCUUGUUGCUCCAAGUACAAACUUCUAGGUCCUGGUAAGCAUAUGCUUUAUAUAAAACGUGUUAGUUCCACUGGAUUGAAGAAUGAAUUGCAGUUUUGCAAAAAAGGCCAUUUGAUUUGAGGAGUUUGUGAGAAUCUGGACUUAAUUUUUUGCACUGUAGCACUGACGUCUUUCAGCUUUUUUUGCUGAGUUAUUAACCAGAAGGACAUGAAGCUCAUUUGAAUCAUGUCAGAUUAUGCAGGGUGUAUAAGGAUGGAAAGCUUUUGAAUGCUCACAUUCAACAUUAAAGGGAAAUCAGAGUGUUUGACCCCUGUGACUGUGGGCUGGGGGGACACAGUCAGGAGAAUAAAAAUAUUUUUUGAGCUUUGAGUGUUGCUGGUAUUUGAUGGAUAUGCUAACACUUCAUUUUUGGGUCAGGAUAAGGGAGCAACUUCACUGGUGGCAUACAAGAUUAAAAAAAAAAAAAAAAUAAUUCACUGUUUAGACUUCAUAAAAUCAUUUUAAACAUUUUGCAGAGCAGUUCUUUCCGACACAUAGCAAUACUCUCCCAUUUUAAUUUUAUAAUGAAAUGGACAAGAUUCACUGGUUUGGGUUAUUUUUGAACUUGAACCAUUUUAGGAAUGUUCUGUGACGUUUGGCACCCAUUGCUUUUAUUCCUUGUUUUUUCUUUCUCUCCCGAAUAUUCUGUUCCACGUUUGGAGUAAAUGGGCUUGAUGACUUGAUGACAAAAACAAUCAGGCUUCUUCGUUGUUGGCUGUGUAGUUAAUGUUUCGCUCAUCUGUAUUCUAGUUGUGAGCACGCUGGCGGUCAAACCAAGACUGAGUGACACUGGGCAAUUGGAAGUGCAUUUCCUGGUUGGCUAUUGGUGAACACUGUUGAAGGUUUGCAGAAUAUGUUCUCUUCAGCAUGGGCCCUGUUUUUAUAUAGACUUCAUGAUGUCCAUUUUGUGUUCCUUGACCUUCCCCCUCCCAAAUGCCAUCCGAACAACCACUGAAUUGCUGAAAAUUCUACAGUUUAAGAAAUGUGAUAAACUUGAAAUGGAACAAAACAAACACAUACAGGUAUAUCGCACUGCAUUUCUCUUUGUGGGUCCUUUGGUACAAAUCUGUCUAGAUUCGCAUACUCUUUGAAUGUAGUGCUAUGCACCAUUGAAAAUGAUAUUUCUCUUGGUAUUUUAAAGCCAUCAUCUCGACCAUAUAAAAAUGCCCCCUCAUCCCCACUCACUUUCUCCUGCUCAACAGACGUGAAUUGACAUCUAACAACGUUGUUGCACAGUGGUGAUAAUUGACGUCUUGCGAAACUGCCUGUUAUGACAAAAAUGUGCCUUUCCCUUUAGGUGGAAAACCCAGGAUUUGCCCUGUUCAGGUGCUGGUCACUGGGCUCUGAGUCCGGUGAAAUCGUGACCAUUCAGUGAUGUUGCAAAAAGAGGCAGGGAAGAAUUAACGAAACAAAAAUACAAAAAGGUUAGACAUUGUGGUCUUAGAGCAACUCUGAAUCGGUGUCAUGUGGUUUCACGCGCCGGGUGCCGCGCCUUUGGCUCGUCUGCUGAGAAUAGGGGCUCUUGUCACCAGAAUAAAUACCUCAUUGUGUUUCCUCUGUUCUGUACAUCCUCUAACACGUUCUGGACUAUGAGCAUUGGAACAUGUCACCUGCAAGGCCACGUCCAUCAGCCCACAUUAGGAUGUCGAGUGCACCGGGGUUUCAGUCAAUAUACGAACAUACUGCUGAGAGGUUUUGUGAUGAUGUAAAUGCAGAACCACCCAUGAACUUGUUCUGUAGGAUGAAAAGAUGCUAUGCUUUUUACAUGCAUUCUUCUAGACUGUCUUUUCUUUUGUGACCAAAUCAGAUGUUUUUGCAAAUUGAAUCUUUGCGAGCAGUGUGAUAUGUAUAUGGAGGUAAAUAUGACUGAUUUUUUUUUGACUGAAUGACUAAAUGCAAUCUUGGCUUAUCUGUAUAUAUUGUGGGCUUUUUAGAUCAAUUCUUCACAUCCAUUUUUAAACCAACUGAUUUCUGAUUUUGUUGAGUAACACGUGUAUUGUCUGAAAUGGAUCUUAGCAUCAUAUUAGCCUAAGUUAAUGGCUCUCCUUGUUUCCUUGUAUAUUAAAAAGAAAUAGUAUCUGCUGCCUGUGUAUUGUAUAUAAUUGUAAAAGAAAUUAAAUAAAAAAAUGUGAAAUAUUAAAUUGA